AUGACCGCUGAAAAAGGGGAAGCAAUCAAAGAAAAAGGCAACAAACACUUUUUACAAAAGAAAUACAACGAUGCCAUUCAUUGUUACAACCAAGCAUUAAAGCAGAAUGGUGAAAAAGCAAUUUAUUACGUUAAUCGAGCAUUAUGUUAUAUAAAAUUAAAACAAUGGGAUAAAGUAUAUCAAGAUGCUCGCCAUUGUCUUGAUCUUGAUCCAAAUUAUAUCAAAGCUCAUGCCUAUCUCGGUCAAUAUUAUAUUGAACAACAACAAUACGAUGAAGCCAUCACAUAUUUUAAGCAAGCACUUGAAUUAUGCAAAAUUCAAAAUAAAAAUUUUGGUGAUGAAAUUCAACGACUAUUACGUUAUGCACAAAAACGUCGUUUUUCUAUUAUGGAACAUAAACGUAUUGAAAAUGAAAUUAGUUUACAAACAUAUCUGCGUUCAUUAAUACAAACCGAUAAAGAACGUCGUAUGCAAUUACGUAUUGAAAAAUAUUUAGAAGAUAAAGAUCCAACACAAUCAUCAACAAAUUCUCUUUCGAUUUUAAAACAGUUUUUGUCUAAAAUAAUGAAUCGUCAUAAUCAACAGAUAACAACAAGUCUUGCUUCAGUUGUGUCAGUCAGUCCAAAAGUAGCAACCACAACAACGCAUAACAAUGAAAUGAAUGUUGCUAUUGAUCAACAACUUGAACAAGCAUUACAAGAUAUCGAACAGUCAGCUGAUCAAUCAUUAAAUGAAAUGAAUAUUUUAUUUAAUGAAGUUGAUGUAAGAAGGAAACGGCGUGAAAUUCCUGAAUAUUUAACAUGCAAACUUUGCUACGAUCUUAUGAGAGAUCCAGUUAUAACACCAUUUGGUAUUACCUAUUGCCGAUCAUGUAUUGAAGAAAAUCUGUAUAAAGUUAGUCAUCUUGAUCCAAUUGCGAAUAAGCCACUUGUUGUCGAUCAACUUGUUAAUAAUCUUGUACUUAAAGAAAUAGUUGAAAAAUUUAUUAAAGAAAAUGAAUGGGUCAAUUCCGAGUGUUUCUAA